AUGGCUGCAACGACUCCACAGCAGCAGCACCAACCGCCAUCCGUGCAGCCGCCAUCACAACAACAACAACAACAACAACAACAGCAGCAGCAACAGCAACAGCAACAGCAAUCGCAACAAGCGCCGCCUCCACAGCAACAAACUGCUGCUCAAAAGCUUGCCGCUGUUAAUGAACAAACAUGGUUGUCACUGGGUAAUCUUGCGGAAAUGAUGACAGAUUACGACAAGGCAACAAGCUAUUAUGAAUCGGCUUUGCGACACAAUCCGUACUCUGUACCUGCAUUGACUCAGAUCGCGUCGUUAUGUCGUGGUCGCGAACAGUUUGGAAGGGCUGUUGAAUACUUUAAACGGAUUUUGGGAAUUCAAGAGAGCAACGGUGAAACAUGGGCAGCAUUGGGUCACUGCUAUCUCAUGAUGGAUAACCUGCAGGAUGCUUACCAUGCAUAUCAGCAAGCAUUGUAUCAUCUUUCAAAUCCAAAGGAUCCGAAACUCUGGUACGGCAUCGGUAUACUCUAUGAUCGUUACGGUUCACUCGAACAUGCCGAAGAGGCCUUUUCAGCUGUUAUGAAAAUGGAUCCUAAAUUCGAAAAGGCAAACGAGAUUUACUUUCGACUGGGUAUCAUAUACAAACAGCAGCAAAAGUUUGAUCUCUCGCUUCAGUACGAGCUGGCAAAGGAAGCGUACGAACGCGUAUUGGCCGAAAAUCCGGAUCACGCCAAGGUGUUGCAACAAUUGGGCUGGCUUUAUCACCAGCAAAAUACCUCGUUCUGCAAUCAGACUCUGGCCAUUCAGUAUUUGACUCGCUCGCUGAAAUCGGAUAGCAAUGACGCGCAAUCGUGGUAUUUGUUGGGACGAUGCUACAUGGCAGAACAGAACUACAACAAGGCCUAUGAAGCGUAUCAGCAAGCUGUGUAUCGGGACGCGCGCAAUCCUACAUUUUGGUGCUCUAUUGGUGUUCUUUACUAUCAAAUCAAUCAGUAUCGUGACGCUUUGGAUGCUUACAGUCGAGCUAUUCGACUCAAUCCGUACAUCAGCGAAGUGUGGUACGAUCUUGGUACCUUGUACGAGUCAUGCAACAAUCAGGUACAAGAUGCACUGGAUGCAUAUCAGCGCGCCGCGGAAUUGGAUCCGUCAAACCCUCAUAUCAAGCAGCGUCUGGAAUUGUUGCGUAAAUCCCAAUCGGUCCAAUCAUCCCAAGUUGCCGGAAGCGCACCUGCCCCUCGAGAUGUGAGCAAUCCGAAUCAGUAUCAGAAUGGUCCAGGCGCUCAGCCUUUGAAUGGCGCACCAUACAGUCAGUCGGCUCCCGGACCAUCCUUGUCUAGCAUGUCUGCAUAUAGUACGACCGUCAGUGGCAGCGGAGCUCGUUCCGGUGACGAGCGUGCAUCCACACCGUUGUUGCCUGCAAACAAC